CCAAAACUGAAAGUGUACGUGUAAAUCACUUCCUUCUGAUAACUUCAGACUUCAAAUGAAGAUUGGACGUAUUUAUUUUGUACCAUUAAACAGGGCCUUACUAAAAUAAUGCAAAGAUCACUGGUGCAAUAUAUGAUGAGACAGGAGGGGAGUUCUGCUGAGACCCAGAAGGCAGCAUCUCCAGAACCCAGCAGCGUGUCAAUGAAGAGUGACAUGUCUAUGGGUGGACGGCCUGUGUUCAGUCCUGAAGAACCCCCAAGUGACAAAAUGGGACUUCCCGACACAACGCAACAGACCAACUCAGCAGUAUCUCCAGAACCCAGCGGUGUCUCAAUGAAGAGUGACAUGUCUUUAGGUGCACGGCCUGCGUUUAGUGCUGAAUUAAAUCCUAUAAACUUCAAUUUUUGUCAAAGAACAAAACCUUCUGACACCAGGUCAAACAUUGUGCCUCAACAUCCAAUCUAUGAUGUCCUGCAGAAAUACAUAGGUCAACACAAAACCAGCAUGAAGAACAAGUAUGAGAGUUUAUUUGAGGGAUUCAAACUACAAGAGAAUCAAACGCUCCUGAACAGGAUUUACACACAGCUCUACAUCAUAGAGGGAGAAAGUGAAGGGGUGAAUGAAGAACAUGAGGUUUUACACAUGGAGAAAACAGCCAGAACUCAACACUUACAAGACACUCCAAUCUACUGCAAUAACAUAUUUAAACCCUUACCUGAACCAGGAUGUGAGGAGAAGAGAACAGACCAAAUAAAGACUGUUCUUACUAAAGGCAUCGCUGGAAUUGGUAAAACAGUCUCUGUGCAGAAGUUCAUUCUGGACUGGGCCGAGGGAAAGGCCAAUCAGGAUGUAGAUUUCAUGUUUGUGCUUCCAUUUCGAGAGCUGAACUUGAUUAAAGAUGAGCAGUACAGUCUUCACAAACUUCUGCUGGACUUUCAUCCUGAACUUCAUGAUCUGGACUCAAAGAUCUAUAAUGAGUGUAAAGUUGUGUUCAUCUUUGAUGGUCUGGAUGAAAGCAGAAUUCCACUGAUGUUUUCAGAUAGUGAGAAAGUUUCUGAUGUGACUGAGACUUCAUCAGUGGGUGUGUUGAUGUCAAACCUCAUCAAAGGAGAUCUGCUUCCCUCUGCUCUCAUCUGGAUCACCUCCAGACCAGCAGCUGCCAAUCAGAUCCCCUCCAAAUACAUCAAGCGUGUGACAGAUAUUCAGGGAUUCAAUAACCCUCAGAAGGAGGAAUAUUUCAGGAAGAGAAUCAGUGAUGAGCAUCAAGCCAGCAGAAUCAUCUCACACAUUAGAAGAGCAAGAAGCCUCCACAUCAUGUGCCACAUACCAGUCUUCUGUUGGAUCUCAUCCACUGUGCUUCAAAACAACCUGAAACAAGAUGACAGUGCAGAAAUCCCCCAAACUCUGACUGAAAUGUACAUCCACUUCCUGCUCAUUCAGAUCAAUAUGAGGAAUCAGAAGUAUGAAGAGAGAGAUCCAGAGAAAGUGAUUGUGAAACUUGCUGAACUGGCUUUCAAACAGCUGAUGAAGGGCAAUGUCAUGUUCUAUGAGGAGGACCUGAGAGAGAGCGGCAUAGAUGUCACUGAUGCCUCAGUGUAUUCUGGGAUCUGCACUGAGAUCUUUAAGGAGGAAUCUGUGAUUCAUCAUAGGACAGUCUACAGCUUCAUACAUCUCAGCUUUCAGGAGUUUCUGGCUGCUCUCUAUGUUUUUCACUACUAUGUAAUUACAACUAAGGAUGCCCUGAAAUGUUUAGCUUCAGUACAUAAUUUGCACAGAGGAGUUGUAGAUGAAGCCCUUCAGAGUGAUAAUGGACACUUUGAUCUUUUCUUGCGAUUCCUGCUGGGUAUUUCACUGGAGUCCAAUCAGAGACUCUUACAGGAUCUACUGACAAACACAGAAAAUAGCUCAGAGUGCAUCAAGAAGACCUCACAGUACAUUAACAACACAAUCAAAAAUGACAAAACUCUCUCCACUGACAGAUCCAUCAAUCUGUUCCUCUGUCUGUUGGAGAUGAAAGAUCAGACUCUCUGCAGUAAGAUUCAGGAGUUUGUGAAAUCAGACAAACACUCCGAGAAUAAACUCUCAUCUGCUCAAUGUUCAGCAAUCGCCUACAUGCUUCAGAUGUCAGAAGAGGUGCUGGAUGAGCUGAACCUGAAGAAAUACAACACAUCAGAUGAGGGUAGAAGACGACUGAUACCUGCCAUGAAUAACUGCAGAAAAGCUUUUCUAGCUGACAGCAAUCUCAAUGGUCAGCACUGUGAAAUCGUGGUCUCCGCUCUUCAAUCAUCAAAGUCCCUCUUGAGAGAGCUGGAUCUGAGUGACAAUGACCUGCAGGAUUCAGGAGUGAAGCUGCUCUCUGAUGCACUGAAGAAUACAAACUGUAAACUAGAGAUACUGAGAUUAUCUGGCUGUAUGGUGACAGAGGUCGGCUGUUGCUAUGUGGCUUCAGCACUGAGUUCAAACCCUUCACACCUGAUAGAGCUGGAUCUGAGCUACAAUCACCCAGGAGAAUCAGGAGUAAAACUACUCUCUGAGAGACUCAAUGAUCCAAACUGCAGUCUUGACAUUCUCAGUUUGGACUAUGGAGAUCCCUGUAGAAUGAAACCGGGACUACAAAAAUAUUUCUGUGAUCUCACUGUGGAUCCAAAUACAGCGAACACUCAUCUUAUUCUGUCUGAGGAGAACAAAAAGGUGACAUGUGUGGAAGAGAAGCAGCCAUAUCCUGAUCAUCCAGAGAGAUUUGAUGACAUUACUCAAAUUUUGUGUAGAGAGAGUCUGACUGAACGCUGUUAUUGGGAGGCUGAAUAUAGUGGCUGGGGUCGUAUAGCUGUGGCAUAUAAAGAAGUCAGUAGGAAAGAAGGGAGUAACAGUAUGUUUGGGCUCGAUGAAAAGUCCUGGAGUCUUUUCUGCACUAGUAAUGGAUUCAAUAUCUGGCACAAAAAUAAGAACCAAAACAUAUCUGUACCUUCACCCCACUGUCACAGAGUCGGAGUUUAUCUGAACUGGCCGGCUGGCAGAUUGUCCUUCUACAGCAUCUCUGACCUACACAGACUCACACUCUUACACACAAUACAUACCACAUUCACUGAACCCCUUUAUGUUGGAUUUAUGGUUUCUAGUGAUUCCUCUGUGUCUCUGUGUCGAAAUUGAUAGUAAAAUAACUACUACUAGUAAAAUAAAUGUAAAAUAAAUUUCAGCUGAAAUGUUUUCACUACUGUUUACUUGGGCUGUUACUGAGACAAGUUUGACAUUUCAUUGCACCUAUUUCAGUGAUAUCUGUCAG